AUGACGGAAACUCCAGCCAAACGCCACAAGGUCGGCCACGACAGCCAGUCCCCUGACGACACUCCCUCUUUUGAUGACUUUUCGCCUGAUGAAGAUGUUGUUUUUAUUGUACAAGGCAAAAUCCGAGUGCGCGUACUUUCAGAUGUUAUGAAAUGUGCUUCCCCCGUCUUUGCUGCUAUGCUGAGGUCUAACUUCAAAGAGGGUCGCGCUCUGGCUGAGUCAGAGGAUGCACCUGUCGAGAUUUCGGCUGGGUUUGUCGUGUUCUACAUUGCUCACACAACUUUCUGGAACCCGACCCUGACCCAAGUGUCAUCAGUUUGGUUAGUUGUCGACAAAGUAUUGACCUUCCUUUGUUUCAUUUCUACAGGCGAGCUCCAAGCAACACGAGACAGUGCCAUAAUGGAAUCAAACAAGCUCAUACAUAUCAGAGAUCGUAUCUUCAAGCCUGCCGACUCGCAACUCAUAUGUAUUCAUGCCAUGAUUCUCGCAAUCUACCAGUGGACUCGACAACCAAAUUAUUCCUGUCAAGAGUCACCAUGUGGUAUGAACAUCCGCGGCAUUCAGAAGAGAAAUUCCGAAUUCCUCAAAGUCGAAUUUGAUGGGCUUUGUCUUGACUGUUUUGACGGGAAACCAUGUCGCAAGCAUAAGCUCUGA